AUGACUCUGAACACCAGGGAGGUCAUCAACUGCCCGGACUCGGCGCAGGCCAUCACCAACCGGGUUUACCUCAAUCCCAGCGACCCGCUGUCGUCGUCCAAGUGCCUGGAAUGCGAGCCCUUCGUGUACAGCCUGGAGCCGCACGCCGGCGUGCCGCCCGGGUGCAUCGCCCUGAACGCCAUACAGCGCAAGAACUUGCGCGUCUCCACCGGCGACGCUGUGCACGCCAUGCCCUACGUCCCCUCGGAGGAGACAGGCGCACUGAUGGUGGGCGAGUUAAUGUAUGUGUCUGAGAAGCUCAAGCGGGAGGCCGAGCUGGACGCGGCGCGCGUGUCGGACCGGAUGGUGAGGUGCUUCCAGGGCCAGGUGUUCGCGGUGGGGCAGGACGUGGCGUUCGAGUUCGAGGGGACCAAGUACAAGUUCCAUUUCUCGGACAUCUUGGUGGCGAGGGGCGGUGAGCAGGUGAAGGUGGGCAGGGCGUGGAUGGGCAAGGUGACGGGGGUGGUGUUCACGAACACGGGGAGCCAGAACCCCAUCAAGAUCACGAACCAGCGCCACAUGACGACCAACCAGAUAUUCAAGCCCUCCAGUAUCAAUUUCGAGGAGCUGGGAAUUGGUGGUCUGGGGAAGCAAUUCGGUGACAUCUUCAGGAGGGCCUUCGCCUCGCGGGUGUUCCCGCCGUCUGUGAUUGAGAGGCUGGGUAUCCGCCACGUGAAGGGGAUGCUGCUGCAUGGCCCCCCUGGCACGGGCAAGACCUUGAUCGCCAGGCAGAUUGGCAAGAUGCUGAACGGCAGGGAGCCCAAGGUGGUGAAUGGGCCGGAGGUGCUGAACAAGUACGUGGGUGCCAGCGAGGAGAACAUCAGGAACCUGUUUGGCGAUGCAGAGGCGGAAUACAAGGAGAAGGGGGAGGCCUCGGAGCUGCACAUAAUCAUAUUCGACGAGAUAGACGCCAUCUGCAAGCAGAGAGGCAGCGUGAGGGACGGAUCGGGCGUCCACGACACGAUCGUCAACCAGCUCCUUACGAAGGUGGACGGCGUGGACUCGCUGAACAACAUACUGCUCAUCGGCAUGACGAAUCGUAAAGAUCUCCUGGACGAGGCCCUGCUCAGGCCGGGGCGUCUGGAAGUGCAUGUGGAGAUUGGCCUUCCAGACCAGGCCGGCCGGCAUGAGAUACUGCGGAUCCACACCACCAAGAUGUCAAAGAAUUCUUUUCUUGACAAGAGCGUGGACCUGCUGCAGCUGGCUGAGCUGACAAAGAACUUCAGCGGAGCUGAGAUCGAGGGCCUGGUGGGCAGUGCGGUGUCCUUCGCCCUGAACAGGCACCUGGACAUGACAAAUCUCUCCAAGACGAUCGAUGAUGAAAAUGUCAAAGUGACGAUGAGCGACUUUGAGGCUGCAUUGGAGGAGGUGAAGCCAGCAUUCGGGGCACAGAGAGAGACAUUGGAGUCUUACUGCACUGGGGGCAUGAUAUCGAGUGGGCCGGUGUUCGAUCACCUCCUGAGCACCUGCCAUCGACUUGUCAAUCAAGUGAGGAGCUCCGAAAACACUCCACUGCUGACGUGCCUUUUGGAGGGCCCCGCGGGCUCAGGGAAGACUGCACUGGCAGCGCAGCUGGGGAUCUUGUCCGAGUACCCCUUCGUCAAGGUCGCGUCGGCAGAAAACAUGGUUGGCUACUCAGAACACUCCAAGUGUUUGGAGAUCACCAAGAUUUUCGCUGAUGCCCACAAAUCCUCUCUGUCACUGGUGAUUUUGGAUGAUGUGGAGCGCCUGCUGGAGUACGUGGCCAUAGGUCCAAGGUUUUCAAACCUUGUACUCCAAACGCUGCUGGUGCUUUUGAAAAAGCGGCCUCCAGAGGGCAGGAAACUGCUCGUCUGUGCGACUUCAAGCUCCGGGGACGUUUUGGAUACUAUGGGCUUGUCCGAUGUGUUCAAUGUUGUCUUGAAUGUUCCGCCCCUCACGCUCACGGAGGAGAUUGAGACAGUGAUCCAGUCGUUAGACGUGUUUUCCCGGGCCGACAUUCCAAAGGCUGUGGAGUUGUUGGGGGCUGGUGCAAUGCCCAUCAAGCGGCUGCUGAUGCUGGUAGAGAUGGCUCGCCAGACCGGCGACAGCGGCGCGACAAGGAUAAGCCUCAGGGACUGGCAAGGCGUGCUGGAAGACCUAGGCACGCUUCCCUGA